CCGUGGUGGUAGUGGUGGGUGGGCGGGGAUUGAUUAGCCCCCCUCCGGCCGCCGGGUGUUGUGGUGUCUUGGGGGUCUCUGGUGUACGGAGGCGGCGUGGGCCCCCCGACGGCGUGGAGGCAAGCUGUGUGGGUCCUUUUUUCCACUGUGGUUGCACAUCUGAAACAUGGCUGCUGACUGGCUAGGAAGUAUCGUGUCCAUCAACUGUGGUGAGAGCUUGGGAGUUUAUCAAGGAAGAGUGUCAGCGGUGGAUCAGGUCAGCCAGACCAUUUCUCUCACCCGGCCUUUCCACAACGGAGUGAAGUGCCUUGUGCCCGAAGUCACCUUCAGGGCAGGUGACAUUACAGAAUUAAAAAUUCUGGAAAUACCAGGUCCUGGGGACAAUCAGCAUUUUGGAGACCUUCAUCAGACAGAAUUAGGCUUCUCUGGUGUCGGUUACCAAGUGGGAAUCAAUCAGAAUGGCACAGGCAAGUUGGUCAAGAAGCCAGUCUCUUCCAGCAGUGCUCCUCAGAACAUCCCGAAGAGGACAGACAUGAAGAGUCAAGAUGUUGCCAUUUCUCCCCAGCAACAGCAGUGCUCAAAGAGCUACGUGGAUAGGCAUAUGGAGUCCUUGAGUCAGUCAAAGAGUUUCCGGCGGCGUCACAACUCUUGGUCAUCCAGUAGCAGGCACCCAAAUCAGGCAACUCCAAAGAAAAGUGGCUUAAAGAACGGCCAAAUGAAGAAUAAGGAUGAUGAGUGCUUUGGGGAUGAUAUUGAGGAGAUCCCAGAUACAGAUUUUGAUUUUGAAGGGAACUUGGCCCUUUUUGACAAGGCAGCAGUGUUUGAGGAGAUCGACACCUAUGAGAGGAGAAGUGGCACCCGCUCUCGCGGCACCCCGAAUGAAAGACCCGCUCGCGUACCCAGCCAUGAUGAGAACAUUCUUGAGUCCGAGCCUAUUGUGUACCGCCGCAUCACUGUGCCCCAUGCUGUGAGCAAGGAAUUCUGUACAGACUCCGGCCUGGUUGUCCCCAGUGUGUCCUAUGAGCUGCACAAAAAGCUGUUGUCAGUGGCUGAGAAGCAUGGCCUGACACUGGAGCGCAGACUAGAGAUGACAGGAGUGUGUGCCAGCCAGAUGGCGCUCACCCUUCUCGGCGGACCCAACAGGUUGAAUCCAAAAAAUGUUCACCAGAGGCCUACAGUUGCCUUGCUCUGUGGGCCGCACGUCAAGGGCGCUCAAGGUAUCAGCUGUGGAAGGCACCUCGCCAACCACGAUGUCCAGGUCAUCCUCUUCCUGCCCAACUUUGUCAAGAUGCUGGAAUCUGUCACCAAUGAGCUGUCUCUCUUCAGCAAGACCCAAGGCCAACAAGUCUCCAGCCUCAAAGAUUUGCCCACAAGCCCUGUGGACCUGGUGAUCAACUGUCUGGAUUGCCCUGAGAACGCCUUCCUUCGGGACCAGCCCUGGUACAAGGCAGCCGUGGCCUGGGCCAACCAGAACCGGGCACCUGUGCUCAGCAUAGACCCUCCUGUGCAUGAAGUGGAGCAGGGCAUUGAUGCCAAAUGGUCUCUGGCUCUGGGCUUACCACUGCCCCUGGGUGAGCACGCAGGCCGGGUCUAUCUCUGUGACAUCGGCAUCCCCCAGCAAGUGUUCCAGGAGGUGGGCGUCAGCUACCACUCACCCUUUGGCUGCAAAUUCGUCAUCCCGCUGCACUCUGCUUAGAAGGGUUCUGGGCAGCGAACUGGUUCAGCCACUGAAUUGGACAAGGAUGUGAAGCUCCAAGGACCUUGUUAAGAUGUUUUUCUUUUGAGUUUAUUUUUUGAGAGCAGAACCCAUUUAGUACUGCCCUGAUCCCUACCCCCACCAGGCAGGCUUUCCCACUGGGUGUGUGUGGUGGGCAGCAGCCCUCGUGCAGUGUAUCACCAUGUGUGGCCCAACCCCGCCGAACUUUGUUUACAGACAUAGGCAGCUCCGAUUGUGUUCAAGUUUACAGCCAGGGCGCGUAGGGCAGGUCCUGCUGGCACUUGCUGUCCCAAGCUCCUGGCUUUGUCCCCGGCUUCUGAUCCUUGCUGAGCCCCUUCCCCUCUCUGAUCAUGUAGAAGCCACUGCCACUCCAAGGCGAUACACAUUCUCCAUUUACCUUGAGGACUGCAUGGCCUUCUUGCCACCCCACAAACAAGGUGAUUUGGAAGCUUUUGACCCUUUCUCCUGAGCUGAUUGUUUUCUCCUGGGUUUCUACAAGGGUCCUUCCUCCUUUCCAUCACUAAGGCUGUGAAGGAGUGGCAUAAUUUGUGGGAUUUUACACCAUUAUCUCUGUUGUCUUCAGCAGUUAUGUUACUGUAGAACCACAGUGCCCAUCUGACCAGCGGUGCCCUCCCUUCAGCCACCACCCUCUCUAGCUAGGGGCUUACCCUUUUGGCCGCAGCUUUAAUGUGAAGUAUUGGAAAGGCCCCUGGGGAGCCUGGUGCUGAGCAGAAGAGGCUCCCUGGUGCUUCUGUCCUAGGUCACCAGUCCCCUUCCCUCUAUGAUCGCUCCCUAAUUCUUAGUCUGGGCCUAACUCCAUGGUUGAGCA